UUCGAAUAAAAUAACUAGCUAGCUAGCACUGGUAAAUUCAUACAUUACCAUGGGGAACUACAACUCCACAACAGACUCUGGUCCUUCUGCUUAUUCUCGACUUCCUAGUAGUCACUAUUCUCCUGAUGAUGAUCACCCCCUAAGUGACCCUCUUUUAAGCAAUAUUACACAGAGGAUGGAGGAGCAACAUCAGCAGCUUCUUCAUCAUAUUUAUGAAGCAACUCGUGUAAAGGAGACUGUAAAAUCUGUCACUACGUCUAGCUCUAGCUCUAACCCUAACCCUCCUCCCUCUAAGCCCACGGAGCAAAAGCCGAAUGGUCACCAUGCCCUUGAAAAGGAGCUUCAUCAAGAGUUGAUGAUCAGGCAUGGAGAUGCAAAGCCAAAAGCGUUAGCUUCAUGCCCUUCAUGUUAUAAACAAGGAGAGGCCAUUCAGAGACUGAAGGAGAAGAAUGCUAGUCUAGAGAAGAGAGUCAUGGAGUUGACAGCUACUAUAGAAGAGAUGAAGAGCUCCAAUGAUUCAUACAUUAAUAAUAAGAACAUCAAGAUACCUGCAGCAGGCUCAGGCUCAGGCUCAACACCUCAUCAGAUCAUCAUCAGCACUCCAAUUAUAUCUGAUGAUCUUAUAAACCUGCAAACUAGUCCAGCUCCUGAUAGCACCAAUGAAAUUGAUCAGAUGAAGGAUAAUUCAAUGAUGAGUGAACAAAGCUCCACGACGCAAGCUCUACAAUCUGAGAUCAUCUAUGGAUCCCUGAAUGAUCUUACUGGAUGCUUAGUGGUUUUGAUCUUUCUAGUGGCCGUGCUCGUUGGUGUUUUACUAUAAACAAUCACCAUUGCAUAGUAAUAAUUAAGACAUGUAUAAAUAUCUUAUGCGUGCAUGUGCUCAUCAUGAUACAUCUCUUUCA